AUGUCGACAUCCCCAUCGUCCUCCUCCGACGACCUGGGCGCACCGUCGCGUUCCACCAUCGUGGGGAGGACGGAGACCUGGCACCACCUGCUUGACAUCAAGGAGUACUCUUACAGCAAGAAGCUCCCCACCGGCAACUACAUCUCCUGCCCUUUCACCGCGGGGGGGCACUCCUGGGCCAUCCACUACUAUCCCAAAGGUCGAAACUCUAGCUACGCCGCCUUCAUCUCCGUCUACCUCGGCCUCAACAAGGGCGUCGCCGCCAACGCCGUCGCCGAGCCCGUCAAGGCGCUCGCCAAGUUCAGCCUGCUCGAUCAGGCGGGGAAACCGGUGCCGUCGCACACCCACACGACGGGGCAGUUCGAUUUCUCCUCAGAAAGCAGAGGUUACUUGAGCUACCACGAUUUCAUCGACAGGGCAUGGCUAGAGGACUCGGAGCACCUGAAGGACGACAGCUUCACGAUCAGGUGCGACAUCGUUGUUACGACGGAGCUUCGAGUGGAGGAGACGAGAGCCGCGGCUCCGUUCGUCGUGGUGCCGCCGCUGGACCUGCACCGGCAUGUCGGCGACCUCCUCGUGUCCAAACACGGCGCCGACGUCACGUUCCAGGUCGCCGGCGAGACGUUCAGUGCUCUCAGAUACGUCCUUGUGGCCCGGUCGAAGGUGUUCAAGGCGGAGCUAUUCGGCCCGAUGAAGGAGGGCGCCAGCAUCCGUGUCGAUGACAUGGAAGCACGAGUGUUCAGGGUUUUGCUCGGUUUCGUGUACACCGACACGUUACCAGAUGACCUGGGCAUGGAUCAGCAAGAGGAGGCUGCGAUGGCUCAGCACCUGCUCGUCGCGGCGGACAGGUAUAACCUGGAGAGGUUGAAGCUGUUCUGCGAAGAGAAGCUGUGCAAGCAUCUAGAAGUGAGCACUGCCGCAACCACACUUGUAUUGGCGGAACAGCACGACUGCCAGGGACUGAAGGAGGCUUGCAUUGAGUUCGUGACAUCUCCUGAUGCACCGGAGGCCGCUGUCAUGGUAACCGAUGGCUUUGAGCAUCUAACUAAAAGCUGCCCUGCUCUUGUGAAGGAGUUAAUGUCCAACCUUGCUACCCGAUUGUGCAAGAGAAGAAAGUUAUGA